AUGGUUGCAUUAGGACCUGCCCUUGGUUUUUUAAUGGGUUCGGCACUUCUUUCUACAUGGAUAAAUAUUGGUGAUAAUGCAAUUCCAAAUGGAAUAACAUCAAAUGAUCCACGUUGGAUUGGACGUUGGUGGGCAGGAUUUCUUGUAUCAGCAAGUUCAUUAACAAUACUUUCAUUUCUUCUUUGUACAUUUCCUGAUAAAUUACCAAGAGAUAAUAAUCAAACAUCACAAUCAAUUGAUAAAACACAAUCAACAGAAUCUGUUUGUGCACUUGGACAAGCUGCAACACGACGUCAUACUUUACCAAAAUUAUCACAUCCAACACAAUGUAAAUCUUUAUGUCAAAUAUCAAAAUUUAAAGAUAUAUUAACAAGUAUAACUGAUCUUUUAAUGAAUUUUACUUAUCUUUUAAUUGUUUUAAUUAAUUCAGUAGAAAGUAUUCUUGUUGUAUCAUUUACAACAUUUAUGGUAAAAUAUAUUGAAUCUGCAUUUAAUCUAUCAUCAGCAUUAUCAAGUACAUUAACUGGUUCAAUAGUUGUUCCUGCAGCUGUAUUUGGUACAUUUACAGGUGGAUAUCUUGUUCGUCGUUUUCAUAUGGGUAUUUUACAAUGUAUAAAAAUGAUUUUAAUUGCUUGUAUAAUAUCAUGGCUUGGUUUAAUUGCACUUCUAUUUUUAAAAUGUCAAUCAACAACAGUAUAUCAAGAUAGUAAAGAAUGUUCAAAAUCUUGUCAUUGUUCUCCACAUGUUUAUCAACCGGUUUGUUAUCAAGAAAAAGUUACAUAUCUUUCACCAUGUCAUGCUGGUUGUACAAAUUUAACUGGAACAGAUUAUUCAAAUUGUACAUGUUUACCAAAUGGAGAUAGUAAUGUUCGUUUAGGUUCAUGUCAAAAUAUAUGUUAUACAGAAACAUUUUUAUUUUUAUCAAUAUUAUUUGUUGUUACAUUUUUUCAAACAUUAAUGGCAACACCACAAUUAAUUAUUAUAUUACGUUCUGUUCAACAUGAAUUACAAUCCUUUGGUUUAGGUUUAGAAAAUUGUAUUAUGAAAAUUCUUGCUCAAAUUCCUGCACCGAUUUUAUUUGGAAUAAUUAUUGAUAAUCAAUGUUUAUUUUGGUCACAAGCGACAUGUGAUCGUCGUGGAUCAUGUUUUAUAUACAAUGGCGAUCGUCUCCCAUUUACAUUAUUUGGUACAGCAAUUAUUAUUAAAUCAAUCUCAUUUUGCCUUUUAAUUAUUUUACUUACUGUUACAAUAAGACGACAUAAGACACCAAAUACUAAUUUAUCUUCAACUGUUGCUGUGCCUCCAAUUUUACCAGUUCACGAACAAGAAAAUCCUCUAAUUAUUACGCCUUCUUAG